UUUAUGUUCAUCGCUAAGCCAUAGGGUUUGGACCAAGGCUGAGGCUGGACAGCCUCACCCAGGAUGGAGAGCCCAAUUCUGAAAUGCUCUCCCCAGUCCUUUGGCAUUCUUCUCCUCAGCUCCUUACUGCUGGUUCUCUGAGAGCAGGGGAAGGCACUGGCCUUUAUAGCCCACAGAUGUGACCUUCAAAGUGUACUUCAUUCACUCAGCUGGGUAGAGACUUUUGGAGGCAGUGAGCUCAGGUGAGGAGCAGCUCGAGGGUGUCUGAGGGCACACUCUGGCUGCACAGACCCCCAGGCCGGGGGCGAAGAUAGGCUGGCUGGAACGUGCCCUGCCGCAAGCCGGGCAAGGAUGAGGCGUUUCCUGAGCAGAAAGGGUCGCUUCUCCCUUCGCCAGAGCAAGUCUGGGACCCGGAGUGCCUCCAAAGAUUUCUACCUUGGACUCCCUGCCACCAAUCAGAACUGGCCAGAGGCAUUUGGUUUCCGGCUGGGAGGUACUGGACCCAGUUACAUUCUGUCUGUGGUUGAGGGCAGUAGUGCAUACCUUGCUGGCUUGCAGCCCGGUGACCAGGUGGUGGACAUUGAGGGCCAAGAUGUGACCAACCUCAGCACACCGGCACUCAUUGCUCUGGCUCAGACCCUGAAGACCGUGCCACCCAGCAUUGGUGUGGUGUCACGGCUAGAAACAGGUCAGCUGACUCCAUGGCCGUUUUGUUUCACCAUCGUGGGAGACAGUCCUCUGAUGGUCGAGGAAUGCAAUCCUGGUGGUCCGGCUGCGCGCAGUGGCCUCAAAGUUGGUGACUAUGUCAUGGAGGUGAAUGGUAUUCCAGUAAAACAAUCAAAAACUGCAGCAGCCAUGAUCAAAGCAGCGCAGGGUCGACCUCUGCGUCUGGGUGUGCUCAGUAUGGCUCGCAGACCAAAGCGACUGAGCAGCAGCAUGAGGGUGCUGUCACAAAGUGGAGACAGCGUCAGGGAGAGUCGGGCCCACAAAGCUAUGGAGUUUAAUAAAAAAGUGGAGGAGGUACUAGGAGAGGAGCCUGAUGUGAAGGAACAGCUGUUUGAGGUGCUGAAGCAGUAUGCUUCUGAGAGGGAUGUGGAGAGUCUGGCUGAAGCCCUGCCUGACAUUCUGAUUACAGAAGAGCAUCAGCAACUGAUUGACAGUGUCAGGAUCUUCAUUCCCAAAAAGCACCGGGAGCGUUUUGACGAGGUGGUUUCUCAGAGUCUGAUGAGCCGGCUGAAGGGGCGGAGCUUUAGUGACCCCAGCCGCAGCCACCUUCGUCGCAGCAGGAGCGAGGAUCACCCCGAGCGCCUCCUUGUCUCCACCCGUGCAAGUUCAGUGCCACGCACGCACGCGGAGGAAGGUGUGGCCCUCCCUGCCAGAGGCAUGCGAAAGACCACCUCACUCAUAGCAGGCCACUCCAGUGGCACCACCACCAACUGCAGGACUGUAAGAGUAUGCAAGGGCAACACAAGCUUUGGCUUCACUCUGAGAGGCCAUGCUCCAGUGUGGAUUGAUUCAGUUAUCCCUGGAAGCCCUGCUGACAAGGCAGGUAAACCAGGAGACAGAAUCCUUUUUCUCAACGGACUGGACAUGAGGACCUCCUCCCAUGAGAAGGUGGUGUCCAUGCUGCAGGGAAGUGGUGCCAUGCCCACCCUGGUAGUCGAGGAUGGUCCAGCUACUUUUUCCCUAUCUGAGCAAGACCUUGCAGGGGGCAGUGUUCCCACAGAACGUGCCCGCUCUCCAGUGCUCAGUUCCCUGCAGUGGGUUGCAGAGAUCCUGCCGCCCAGUAUCAGGGUUCAGGGUCGCACCUUUGGACAACAACUGGAGCACUUGCUGACCAUCCAGGAGAGGUACACCAUCUGCAAGGCUUUGGAGAAUUUCUUCCAGCACAGAAAUGUAGACACCCUGAUCGUGGAUGUAUUCCCAGUGCUGGAUACUCCUGCCAAACAGGUGAUCUGGCAGUUUGUUUACCAGCUGCUGACAUAUGAAGAACAGGAACACUGCCAGAACAAGAUUUCACGUUUUCUUGGAUACAAAGCACCAGUUCCACCACCACCACCACCACCUCCCCCUCCUCCAGAGCCCGAGUCUGCCCCUGAGCCUCAUCGCCGCAGCAGUUCCAUGAGGGUGACAGGGACCACGUACAGGAGCAGUGUGAGGGGACGUAGCUCUGAUGAUCUGGUCAUUGGCACACACUUGGGCAUGGGCCUCCGUGCAGAGCCAACACAGGAAACAGGGAUGAGGUUGGCUCCAGGAGAGAGGCAGUCUGGAGAUGGUACCUCUCUCCCUGAGACUCCCAAUAACCUUACCAAUCUGUCAGCUGUGUACGCUGAACUGGAGAACAUGUACUCAGCCAAGAGGUCCAAGUCUCUGAAGAGUCGGCCUCCUCCUGCUCCUGAGAGUUUGCUGGACCUGGAACCUCCUUCACGCACAGCAUCCCCGACAGUACAUGCAAACACAGGUUGCCGUAAAGGCCCCCCAACCCAUUCAUCCUGGCCUGAGCCCCUGCCUAGUCCACCUCCAGCCCAGUUCUACCCAUCAGGGUUAACAAGUCAGACCAGUGGUGAGUCCAAUCCCUACAUCAGCCUGGACAGUCCCCCUCCCUCACCUCCAGAACCUGACUUCCCAUCUAGCCCACCUGUCCAUCACAGCAACAAACGGCGUUACACCUUCUCCAAACCUCCUCGUUCAGAAGAUACAGAUCGCUUUCUGGAUGCACUGAGCGAGCAGCUGGGACAGAGGGUGGCCAUCGUUGAUGAAUUUUUGACCCCUGAAAAUGACUAUGAAGAGGAUGUUGUGCAGAUGGGCUUCCCAGAUGAGGAUGAUGAUGAUAAUGAAGACGAGCUGGGGGUGGACGAAGAUGAGAAUGGAGGAUUUGUGGCUCCAGAGCUUAGUAGCCCAAGUGAUGUCCAAAGUAGCAGCGGAGAAGAAAACGCCUCCUCCCUCACUUAUUCCUCUUCCUCUGAUCACAUUCCUCCUCCCCCGAUGACCCCUCCUCCACCCCCACCUGUUCAGUUCAACGACCCUCCUCCUCCUCCUCCUCCAGCGCCUCCACAGACUCAGCCUCAGCAACAGCAGCAACAACAAGCCAUUAAGUACACUCCUGAGCACUCACCAAGAGUGUAUGUGCCCAUUCGGCGGAAAUCAGGCCCUCCUCCACCACCUCCUCCCCGCAGUAACCCACCACCUAAACGCCACUCCUUACAUAAAGUCUUGCCGUCAAGAGAGGAGCUGCAGGUACAUGCAACCAUACAAGAGCUAAAAGCAUUUCAAGAACAACAAGCCUACCAGGAAAGACAAGCUUAUGAAGAGCAGCAAGCUUAUAAGGAGAGACAGACAUAUGAAGAGCAAAAAACCUAUGACGAACAGCAACUGUUUCAAGAACAGCAGGCCUAUCAAGAGAAAUUUUUCAAAGACAGACAGGCUUAUGAAGAACAAAAAGCGUAUGAGGAGCAAAAAGCUUUUGAGGAGCAACAAAUGUACCAAGAGCAGCAGGCUUACAAAGACAGACAAGCUUAUGAACAGCAUCAAGCCUACCAAGAACAAAAAGCAUAUGAGCAGCGUCAAGCCUACAAAGAACAAAAAGCAUUUGAAGAGCUUCAAGCCUACCAGGAACAAAAAGCAUAUGAGGAGCGCAAAGCUUAUGAGGAGCAAAAAGCUUAUGAGGAGCUUCAAGCUUACGAGGAGCAGCAAGCAUAUCAAGAGCAGCAGAUGCAGCAGAUCUACCAGAGCCACCAAUCAAUGCCUGCUCAGCCAACACAACAGAAAGCCCAUUCACCCCUGCCUCUCCAACAAAUACACCAGUCCUUACCCCCACUCCCCUCCCCAGACUCCAACCAUCCCCAUGCAAACCACCCUGUUUAUAUGAUUCGCCAAGCUCAGCAGCAACAAGCCCACCAGAGUCAUCACCAUCGACGACUGUCUCGUUCAGCCCCUCCCCCACAUCAGCCUUCACCUCAACCAACAGUACAUCCAAGCCAACAAGGUCAGUAUGCUGAGGGUAUCUACCAAAGUCAUCAAGGCAUAAGACCCCAACCGCAUCAUUCUUCAACGGAGAUGCUCAAUCAGAUGCACCAAGCCCCAGCUCAUCAUUCCUCUGCAGAGAUGCUCCACCAGUUGCAACAAUCCCAGGUCCACCACUCAUCUGCUGAGGUGCUCCAGCAGAUGCAGCAAGUCCACGUCCACUACUCAUCAUCAGAAAUGCUCAAUCAGAUGCAAAAAUCCAAGGCCCAUCAUUCUUCAGCAGAGCUUCUGCACCAGUCUAACCAAAUGCAGCAAAUGCAGCCUCAUCACUCCUCAACUGAGCUUCUCCAUCAAGCUCACCAGAUGCAUCGGGGACAACCCCACCAUUCAUCAACUGAACUUCUCCAUCAAAUGCACCAAGCCAAGCCCCAUCACUCAUCUACUGAACUACUGCAUCAAGCCCAUCAGAUGCAUCAGUCCAAGCCUCAUCACUCUUCCACAGAGCUUCUUCAUCAAGUCCAGCAAGAGCCUGCUUCCCUCCCGGUUCAGCUAAACCGGGACAGCCACUCCCAUCACAGCCGCAGAAGUCUCAAAGGUCACCACCAAACUGAAGUAUCACAGCAGAUGCAUCAAACUCAUCACCCCCAGCCCACCAAACCCUCUCCACAGAGACCCCACUCUAUCCAGCAAACCCACCAUCAUUCCAGCACACCCCAGAUCCACCACAUCCACCACACCCCACAGCCCCUCCAGGACUACCAGCACCAGAUCCAUGUCAUCCAUCCUCCCCAACAGCCCCACAGGCCCCAGCCACUUCUCUCCACCUUUCAGCCCCUCCAGCCCACCCUCUCCACCUUCCAACCUUUGCCUCAACACCACCAGUCACAGCAUCAGGUCCAGACUUCCACCCAAACUGCUCGUCCACAGUCGCAGCCCUCACACCACCUGCUGCAGUCCCCACACCAGCCACAGUCCCAGCCCCACCACAAGCAACCCCAUAGCCAGAGUCAGCCCCAGUCCCUCCCCCACUCUCUCUCUGAUCCAACAGAGCAUCUGGAACCACCUCCACCUCCACCCCUCCCACCUCCAUGCUCCCCUCCACCACUGCCAAGACCCAGUUUAUCCAGGAUGGACUCCAACCACAUGAGUGUGAAGCGGCUGCGCUGGGAACAGGUGGAAAACUCAGAGGGGACAAUUUGGGGACAGUUGGGUGCAAAUUCUGACUAUGACAAACUGCAUGACAUGGUGAAGUAUUUGGAUCUGGAGCUUCACUUUGGGACACAGAAGAGCUCCUUGCCUCUUCUAGAGCCACCUCCGCAGCUAGAAACCUUCAAAAGGAAAGAUGUUGUUGAAAUAUUGUCCCAUAAGAAGGCUUACAAUGCCUCCAUCCUGAUAGCCCACCUGAAGCUGUCUCCUGGGGAGUUGCGUCAGAUACUGAUGAACAUGGCCACAGAUAGGCUGGAGCCAGCUCACAUCAAACAGCUGCUGCUGUACGCCCCUGAUGCAGAGGAGGUGAAAAAGUAUGAAGAGUACCGACAGGACCCCAGUAAACUUAGCGAGCCAGACAGUUGUGUUGCAGAUGUUAUCGUACCCGAGUACAAGACCCGUCUACAGAGCCUCCUCUUCAAAUGUUCUCUUCAGGAGAAGACAGAGGAACUGAGAGGAGCAUACGACUGUAUAUAUAAGGCCCCUCCAUGGAGCUGAAAACCAGCAAGAAGCUUGCUAAGAUACCUAGAGUUUGUGUUGGCAAUGGGGAACUAUCUGAAUAACAGCCAACCUAAAACCAACAAGACUACAGGCUUCAAAUCAACUUCCUCACUG